UCCCCGCCUUCCCCUCCUCAUCCUCCCACGAUGGCCAUGCUGAGCGCGGAGAGUUUGGCGGCGCCCAGAGCCCUGGGAGAGGAAUCGCUGCAGAUGUGGGACCUCAACAAGCGCCUGGAGGCCUACCUGGCCCGCGUGAAGUUCCUGGAGGAGGAGAACGAGGUGCUGCGAGCCGAAAUCCAGAGCAGCAAGAGCGGCCGGGCGGGGGAAUCGUGGAGGGCCAAGUACGAGGAGGAGCUGCGAGCGCUGCGGGAUGCGCUGGAUGUCGCCUUCAGGGACAAAUGCACGGCCGAGCUGGCCAGGGACAACCUCUACGAGGAGGUGCAGCAGGUGAGGAGCAGGUGCCAGAAGGAGCAGGCAGCCCGAGAAGCAGCCAAGAAGGAGCUGUCCUUGAGCAGGAAGGAGCUGGAGGAGGAGAGGAGAGCGCAGAUCUGGCUCAAGGAGAGAGCGGCGCAGCUGGAGAAGGAGGUGGAAGCCCUGCUGGAGGUGCACGAGGAGGAGAAAGCGGGGCUGGACCAGGAGAUCGCCACUUUCUCGCACAGCCUGGAGAGUUUCCGCUGUGCCCCCGUGGCCCUGCAGCCCGUGGAGGUGGAGGAUUACUCCAAGAGGCUCUCGGAGAUCUGGAAAGGGGCGGUGGAGACCUACAAGGCAGAGGUGGCUCAGCUGGAAGGUUCCCUGUGCCAGGCCAAGGAGAACCUGUGGAAGGCGGUGGAGGACAACCAGCAGAGCCAGCUGCAGCUGCAGCACCUGGAGAAGGACCUGGCGGGGCUCAAAGCUCGCAAGGAGAUGCUGGAGGAGAGCCUGGCCCGGCAGUGGCAGGAGCAGCGCGGGGAGGCGGAAAAGUUCCAGCUGGCCAUGGAGGCCCUGGAGCAGGAGCAGCAGAGCCUGCGGGUGCAGAUCGCGCGGGUGCUGGAGGACAGGCAGCAGCUGAUGCACCUCAAGAUGUCCCUGAGCCUGGAAGUGGCGACCUACAGGACCCUGCUGGAAGCCGAGAGCAGCCGCCUGCAGGUGCCCGCCGGGGAAUUCAGGGUGACAAACGGGCUGAGAGAUCUCAAACUGGAGCUGGGCAGCAGCAAAGCAUCGCCAGCGAGCCCCGAGGCCAGGCGGGUGCUGCCCUGCACCCCCUUGCCCAGGGUGACCAAACACGCCCAAAGUGCCACCCUGACACCCCAAAGCGCCAGGGAGCUCCAGAAAAUCACCCCAGCCCUCCGUGGCAGUGCCGCCAGCAGGGUUGGGGGGCUGGGGGCUCUCCCACCCAGCCCACCCCAGGCAGGCAGAGCCUCCCUCGCCCUCUCCCCCGAGCAGGAGAGCUGUGGGGUGGAAGGUCCAGCCUGGCCAGGAGGAGAUGAGGCAGCAAUGAGCCCAGGGAUGGAGUGUGCCCUGCCCAGAGCCUCUGGGGACAGUGGCAGUGCCAGCCUGCAGCCCCUGGGAGAUGCCCACAGGCUGCAGUACCCGGCGCAGCUGGUCAGCGAGGCGCUGGAGGACGCCCUCAAGGAGAUGGGAGAUGAUGCUCAGCCCCAAGAGGAGCCCACGCCCAGCUCCACGUGGGAUGUCCGUGCCCCCAGCCCCGUUUUCCCCACCAAGGCUGUGCCAGAGGGGCCUGGGGAAGGGCAGGAGGGAUGUGAGGAUGAGGAGAAGGUUGGGGAGGUGAUGCUCCAGGGGCUGGCGAAGGAGAGCAGCACCCUGCAGGACACAGCUCCAUCCCCACCAAGCGUGCACCCUCCCUUGGGGAGCCAGGAAGAUCUGGGAGCAUGGGAGGAAGAGGAAGAAGAGGAAGAGGUCCCUGCUGUGCUGAGCCCAAGGGGUGCAGAAAUGGAGGCCCAGGAAGGGGAUGAGGAUCUGCCUGGGCAGCCAGAGAGCAGCUGGGAAAAGCCAGAGGAGCAAAGGACACAAACCCCCAGCACGGAGGAUGAGGAGGAGGAGCAGGGAGAUGUCCAGCAGGAAGGAACAGAUGGGCAAGAGGAGAAAUGUCCCCACACAGAAGUGGAGAAAUGUCCCCACACAGAAGUGGAGAAAUGUCCCCACAGAGAAGUGGAGAAAUGUCCCCACAGAGAAGUGGAAGCUGCUGGUGCUGUCCUCGUUCAAAGCCACCAGGCUCUGCCCACAGAAGGUCACCUGGAGCAGGACUUUGCUGAUGCAGGGCAGGAAAGGGCUGAGCAGCACAAAAUGCCCAGGUGUGAGGUGGACCUGGCUGCAGAGCAGCGAAGGGAGCAGGAGCUGUGCCCAGAGCAGGAGCCCUCGGGUGCCCCUGAGGCCAUCCCAGCAGAGGAGCCUCCCACAGGAGCUGGAGGAGAUGCUGGGGCAGGGGAGGGGGAGAAGGGAGAGGUCAGCAGGGAGCUGCUGGGAGAGGAGGAUCACGGGGUGGGACAGGACCCCAUGGCAGGAGAAGACCUUGGGGCAGGAGAAGGCCGUGGAGCAGGAGAAGAUCUUGGGGCAGGAGACCAUGAGGCAGGAGAAGAUCUUGGGGCAGAAUAUCUUGGGGCAGGAGAAGGCUCUGGGACAGGAGAAGAUCUUGGGGCAGGAGAAGACCGUGGAGCAGGAGAAGAUCUUGGGGCAGGAGAAGAUCUUGGGGCAGGAGAAGGCUCCAAGUUAGGAGAAGACCAUGGGGCAGGAGACCAUGAGGCAGGAGAAGAUCUUGAGGCAGAAUAUCUUGGGGCAGGAGAAGACUCUGGGACAGGAGAAGAUUUUGGGGCAGGAGAAGUUAUUGGGGCAGAAGAUCUUGGGGCAGGAGAAGGCUCUGAGGCAGAAGUUCUUGGGGCAGGAGACCAUGAGGCACGAGAAGACUCCAAGCCAGGAGAAGAGCAUGGGGUAGGAGAAGAUCUUGGGGCAGAAGAAAGCUCCAAGUUAGGAGAAUGCUCUGAGGCAGGAGAAGAUCUUGGGCCAGAAUUUCUUGGGGCAGGAGAAGAUCUUGGGGCAGGAGAAGGCUCCAAGAUAGGAGAGGACCAUGGGGCAGGAGAAGACCAUGGGGCAGGAGAGGCAGGUGAGACCCUGGAGGGGGACAGCAGAGCCCCAGAGGAGCUGCAGGAAGGAGAGGAGGAGGAACAGGAGGAGCUGGAGCCAGCAGAGGAGCCCUGGGCACAGGAGGGUGACCAUGGCAGUGCCCGAGAGCCCUGGGAGGUGACAGCAGGGGACACGGAGGGACCAGGACAGCCAGCCUGGGCGGGUGGCACGCUGGAAAGGGAGCAGAGAGGUGGCACAGGGCCAGCAGAGCUGGAGGAGGCCCAGGAGGAUGACGAAGGAGAUGCCAGGAGGCAGGAGAUAAGGCAGCAGCAGGCGCUGGCACAGGCUGAGCUGGCACAGCUGGGCAGCGUGGCACAGCCUGUGCCAACCUCUCCUGGUGCCCCUGGGCACAGCCAGGAGCUGGCAGAGGCUCCAGGGGAGCUGGGGCAGGUGCCAGGUGCCAGCACUGAGUGGGCAUUAGAGGAGACCCCCGGAGACACAGAGCUGGCAGAGCUGGAGAGCUCAGGGCUGGUGGCACUGGGGCAGGUGCCAGGUGAGAACAGCGAGUGGGCAUUGGAUGAAGCCACCAGAGAUCCAGAGCUGGUGGCACUGGGGCAAGUGCCAGGUGCCAGUGCUGAGUGGGCACUGGAGGAGACCCCCGGAGACACAGAGCCCCCAGAAUUGGAGAGCUCAGGGCUGGUGGCACCUGGGCAGGUGCCAGGUGAGUGGACACUGGAGGAGACCCCCAGAGACACAGAACCCCCAGAAUUGGAGAGCUCAGGGCUGGUGGCACCGGGGCAGGUGCCAGGUGAGAACAAUGAGUGGGCACUGGAGGAAGCCACCAGAGAGACAGAACCCACACAACUGGAGAGCUCAGGGCUGGUGGCACCGGGGCAGGUGCCAGGUGAGUGGGCACUGGAGGAGACCCCAAGAAGCCCAGAGCUGGCAGUGGGCACGGGCAGGAGGGUGGAGCUGGAGGACACCCUGCCUGACAGCACCCCCCUGCACCUCUACCAGGAGGAGAUGCCGAUGGGCACACCCAGCCCAGACCCUCCAGAGGGCAAGGACACCACGGGCACAGCUCCUGUGUGUGCCACAGCCCAGCAGGGCCAAGGGAGGCACCGGCCACCAGCUGCCAGCGCGCCAGAGGAGGAGGAAGAGGAGGCUGAAGAAGAAGAGGAAGGCUAUUUCAUGGUCUCUGCUCCCGGCCAAGAGGUGUCCAGCUCAGAGGAAGCCGAGAUCCCCGAGGACUUUGAAGAAAUUCAAGUGGACGCAGCUGAAGGCGGCCAAGAUGCUCUGGGGGCUCCUGGGGAAGCAUCUGCAGGGCUAGAGGAGGGCACAGAGCACCUGGAGCUGCUGGCUGCAGGGGCAGAUGAGAGUAUGGAGGUGCCCACUGAGGAGCCCGAGGAUGAGGAGGGCACUGCUGAGCUGGAGGAAGGCCCAGAAGAAGACCCAAACGGCUUUGGGGUGGUGGGACCAUCAUCAGGAGGUUCUGAUGAGCCAGCCCAGGAUGCCACAGCAUGGCAAGGACCAGAGAACCCAGAAGAUCCACAUGAGGAGCUCCACAGCACAGCUGAGCUGGAGGAAGGCCCAGAAGAAGAUCCAAACUGCUUUGGGGUGGUGGGACCAUCAUCAGGAGGUUCUGGUGAGCCAACUCAGGGUGCCACAGGCUCUGCAGGAGGGCACCCAGAAGAUCUGGCUGCUGAUGUAGAUGAUGGUAUGGAGGUGCCCACUGAGGUGCCCGAGGAUGAGGAGGGCACUGCUGAGCUGGAGGAAGGCCCAGAAGAAGAUCCAAAGUGCUUUGGGGUGGUGGGACCAUCAUCACGAGGUUCUGGUGAGCCAACCCAGGGUGCCACAGGUUCUGCAGAAGAGCACCCAGAAGAUCUGGCUGCUGAUCUAGAUGAUGGUAUGGAGGUGCCCACUGAGGAACCUGAGGUGCCAGAGGAUGAGGAGGGCACUGCUGAGCUGGAGGAAGGCCCAGAAGAAGACCCCAGCUCUGUGGGGGUGGUGGGACCAUCAUCAGAAGGUUCUGAUGAGCCAGCCCAGGAUGCCACAGCAUGGCAAGGACCAGAGAACCCAGAAGAUCCACAUGAGGAGCUCCACAGCACAGCUGAGCUAGAGGAAGGCCCAGAAGAAGAUCCAAACUGCCUUGGGGUGGUGGGACCAUCAUCAGGAGGUUCUGGUGAGCCAACCCAGGGUGCCACAGGCUCUGCAGAAGAGCACCCAGAAGAUCUGGCUGCUGAAGCAGAUGUGGAGCUCCACAGCACAGCUGAGCUGGAGGGGGAUGCCAGGACCCCGGGGCUGGCAGGGCAGGAGCAGGAGGAAGAUGAGGAUGAGGAUGAGCCCAGCACGGCUCCCCAUGACCCGAGCAAGGCCAGAGCAGAGCUCCAGGCCCAGGCAGGGCCUGGUGGAGCAGAGCAGCCGGGCACGGAGGAGGAGGCAGCCCUGGGCAGCGGCGGGAGCCUGGGGCAGGGAGGUUCUCCAGAGGUGACCCCAGACAUCCCUGACACAGCCCAGCUGCCCGUGGAGGUCAUGGAAGCCUCGGGGAUUCUGGAGAUCGUUGAGCAGGCGCUGGAGUUCAACCAGGAGCUGAUGGGGGAGAGGCUGGCAGAGGCUGGGCAGGGUCCUGGCACGAGGGAGCUGUCCUGGGAUGGAGGAGAACGCUCCUCCUUGUCCUCCUCCAGCGAGGAGGAGCCCACGGUGCAGGAGGCCCCGGAGGGCGAGCCCCGGGCUCACAACGGGCUGCCCAGCCCGGAGGAGCUGCCCGAGUUCACCGAGGAGCUGCUGAACGGCACCUCCAGCACGGCCCCGGCGCAGGAAACACCCUGGGAGCCCUCGGGGAUGGUGCCAGCGCAGAUAGCCAGCCCUGGGGAUGGCAGUGCCACCAAGCCUCAGGGGGAUGGCAGCCUCAGGGGGAAGCAGCUGAGCCCCGUGUCCCAGCAGCAGCCCUGCUCCUCAGGGGACGAGUGACAGAACCUUCUGGUGGCUCCUUCCUGCCAGGACCCCAUUGUUCCCCCUUAUCCCACCCCUUAUCCCCGUCUCCCCGUGGGUUUUUCACGUGUUUGUGUGGAUUUUUUGCGCCCCUUUUUCAGAGUGAAGAACCACCAAGUUCUGUUGCACCCUCAUGGCCCACCCAAAUUCUCACGUUUGCUCUGGGAUCCUUGCUUCGUUUUGAGUUUCCUUCUGGGUGGCUUGACUGCAGGAACCCACCUGCUAUUUAAUUUAAACUCGGUGUUUCCCCAUUCCCUGCAACUUUCCCUCUCCAAUUCCUCCAGGAUGUCCAGCUGGACCUUAGGGUCCCUCCCAAACUCCCAAACUGCACCCUGGGACUCGGCAUUUUGGGCUACAUCACCCCAGGCUGACCCUGGGUUUUUUACAUGUUUGUGUGGAUUUUUUGCACCCCUUUUUCAGAGUGAAGAACCACCAAGUUCUGUUGUCUCACAGCCCACCCAAAUUCUCACGUUUGCUCUGGGAUCCUUGCUUCGUUUUGAGUUUCCUCCUGGGUGGGUUGCUCUGUUGUAUUUAAUUUAAACUCUGUGUUUCCUCAUUCCCUGCAAGAUUCCCUCUCCAAUUCCUCCAGGACGUCCAGCUGGAGCUUAGGGACCCCCCCAAACUCCCAAACUGCACCUUGGGACUCGGCAUUUUGGGCUACAUCACCCCAGGCUCCCCAACCUGACCCUGGGGGCUGAGCCACGCUGGAUGUACCCAAAAUUAAUUUAAU